AUGAGUGAUUCCCUUCAAGACGCCAUCAAAGCCUGUACCGCCAACUGCAUUGCCUCAUCAGAUAACCAUUUCAACGCUGAUAGUUGUGCCAGAUUCUGCGAUAAAGCUGCUAAAUGUACAGAUGCUGCUUGUAUUAAAUCAGUGACAAACGAGAUUAUUGAUGCUGCCUUGGGCAAGUCUUCCACUACUACCUUCAAUAUGGGAUUGGCUCUCUUGUUCAUCCUCUUUACUGUUUACCUUGUCAAUUUCAGAAAUAAUCAUUAA